AUGAAGGGCAGGAAGGGAGGAGGCUGCGAGGUGGAAGCUCGCCGGGUCAGCUACACCAUCCGCAUUCCUGAGAAGACUCGCCCGUCGAGGAUCUUGAGCAGAGACGACGGCGGCGCCGCCGGAGAAGGGAAGGGAGAAGAAGAGGAGAAAGACAGAGAAUCGCCGCCGCUGCAGUCGCCGGAGAAGGAGGGGGAGGAGGAGAGAGGAAGCAUCCGGCAUGUUCUGAAGGAGGUGAGUUGCACGGCAAAGCCGUGGGAGAUCCUCGCCAUUGUCGGCCCCAGUGGCGCCGGCAAGUCGACCCUCCUGGAGAUCCUCGCCGGGAAGCUGACUCCGGCGAGCCCCUCCGUCUUCCUCAACGGGUCGCCGGCUCACUCCGUCCAGUUGCAGAAGAUUUCCGGCUAUGUCACGCAGAGGGAUACCCUCUUCCCUCUGCUCACCGUCAAGGAGACGCUGCUCUUCAGCGCGAAGCUCCGCCUGCAACUCCCCGCCGGCGCGGUGGCCGCGAAGGUGGCGUCGCUGAUGCGCGAACUUGGGCUGGAGCAAGUCGCCGAUGUGCGUAUCGGAGAUGAGAAGGUGAGGGGGAUCUCCGGUGGGGAGAAGAGGAGAGUUUCCAUCGGCGUUGACGUCGUCCACGACCCAAGAGUGCUCAUCCUCGAUGAACCCACCUCGGGGCUGGACAGUAUGGGGGCGCAUCAGAUCGUCGUCAUGCUCAAGGCUAUGGCGGAGGCGCGGGGGAGGACGAUCAUCCUCAGCAUCCACCAGCCAGGUUUCCGCAUCGUGAAGCUCUUCAACUCGGUGCUGCUCCUCGCCGCCGGCGAGGCCCUGCACCACGGCACCGUCGACCAGUUACAGGCCCAACUGGAUUCUCUCGGGCUUCAGGUGCCGCUUCACGUCAAUGUUCUGGAGUUCGCCAUUGACGCGAUCGAGACCCUGCAACAGCAUCGGCCGCGGCAUCUACAGAGAGGCCCUCCGGAGUUGCCGGCGAGCAACAAGAAGGACCGGUGCACUCUGCAGCACCUCUUCCAGAUCUCCAGGGUCGCCGACGAGGACGUGUUGGCCGGAGGAUUAGACGCCUCCUUCAGCAGCGAUUACGCAAAUUCCAGGCUCCGCGAGACGUCCAUUUUGACUCACAGGUACCUGAAGAACGUCUUCCGCACGAAGGAGCUCUUCGCCUGCCGGACCAUUCAGAUGCUGGUAUCCGGGUUGGUCCUCGGCUCCAUUUUCUACCAGUUGGAUAGCGGUGGAGGGGGCGCAAGAGAGAAGGUGGGGCUCUUCGCUUUCAUCCUCACUUUCCUGCUGGGUUGCACGACGGAGGCGCUGCCCAUCUUCCUCCAGGAGAGGGAGAUCCUCAUGAAGGAGACCUCGUGCGGGAGCUACAGGGUCUCCUCUUACGCCCUGGCCAAUGGGAUCGUCUUCCUGCCGUUCCUCCUCGUCCUGGCGGUGCUCUUCGCGGCGCCGCUCUAUUGGAUGGCGGGGCUCCACCGAAGCCUCUCGGCUUUCUUCUACUUUGUGCUGCUCAUCUGGCUGAUCCUCUACACGGCCAACUCGGUGGUGGUCUGCUUCGCGGCGAUGGCACCGAACUUCAUCGUCGGGAACUCGAUGAUCUCGGGGGUGAUGGGGGCCUUCUUCCUCUUCUCCGGGUACUUCAUAAGGAAAGAGGAGAUUCCCGGCUUCUGGGUGUUCAUGCACUACGUCUCCCUAUUCAAGUAUCCCCUCGAGGGGCUCCUGGUCAACGAGUUCUCGGACCCCGGCAAGUGCCUCGAGUACAGCGGAGGUGUGUGCCUGAUCAGCGGGGAGGAGGUCCUCCGGCAGGUGGGGCUGGGAGUGGAGAGUCGGUGGAGGAAUGUGGCCAUCAUGGUCUGCUUUAUCUUGCUCUACCGGUUUCUCUCCUACAUUGUCCUGAGAUGUAGAUGCAGGUGCGCCCAUAGAGGUGGUCUCCGAAGAGCUCUCACCUGA